AUUGGGGCCAAGUGGCGGCGGCGGCGGCUGGCUUUUCAAAACUGAUCUCGCCCGCCUGUUGGUCUCACCGCCUUCCGGCGCCCCACCUCAGUCCAGGUAGCGCUUAAUCAAACUGCCCGGCGUCCCGACGCCUCCCCAAAAGCAACUCUGGCCUUCUGAUCACUCCUCCCACCCAGCAUAGCGUCUCGCACCGAGACCUUUUAGCAUUAUACCGGCUCGCAGUGGGUCUGCUGUUUAGAUUCGCCGCAGUGGGUUGUGCCACAUGCCUCCAUCCCACAGCAAGAGGGCAGUUUGUGUCCCGGUGUGCAAGGAAAUAUGGGGAUGAGACACUAGGAUUUGACGAAAGCAGUGGGGUGAGGUUCCGGGAAGGUGUACCCGAGUCCCGGUACCCUGCGAGCAGGCGGUGGGUCCCGGCCACUUUUGCUCACGUCCUAGCAGGUGCGGGGUGGGCGGCCGGAAGGCGCGAGGCCGCCGUCCUCCGCGGCUCCCCGAGGGUUCGAGCGCCGCCCCCCGCCGCGCGCCCGCUGCGGUCGCCGCGCCAUUCACACGCCCUCUGGCCGCCGCCUCCCGGGGAUCGCGCUGCCCGGCGCCGGGGCUGGGGGCGCGGCCCGGCCGCGGGAGCCGCCCGUUGCUACGCGGUGGCGGCCGGCCCGGCGGCCCGGGCCCGGCGGCCGCAUUAUACGGGUAAUGCGGUGUGACACCGCGCGAACAAAGGCGGAUUGAGCGGCGCAGCGGGUCCCGCCGGACGGGGACCGGCACAGCGGGGCUGGCAGCGCCGCUCCCAGGCUAAUCCCCGCCCCGCCCCCGCCACCCCCACGGCCCCGGCGCUGGGAACUGAGCGUGGCGGGGCCGGGUCGCCGGAAGCCAGGGGCGCCCUCCCCUGGGGCGAAAGGGCCCGGAGGCCCGGAUCACCGCCGCGCGCAGUCUGCGGGCCUGGCUCGACUGCUGCGCCAGCUCCCGCUCCGCGCUCCCCGCCGGGCUGCGGGGAAAGUGGGACGCGCCCCUGCUGUGCAGGUGGCGCACGAGGGCUUCGUGUCUGCAAAGGCUUCUGUGGCUCUGAGUAUCUCGUUCCCUGCAUAUUCAGGACGGGUCACGACCUAGGAAAGGAGAUCCGGGUCCAACCACCUGUGCAGUAUAGCACGACCCGCUCUGGGGACCUAUAAUAAGAGAUGGCCGGGCCUCUGGCCUCGCCGGGCCCUGUCCGUAAAAUAGGGUUUAGAACAUUGUAUGGAAUAAAGCAUACGAAAGACAGAUCUGCGCGUAUGCAGCAUUCAGGGAGUGGCUUUCACUGUAACAAGGCUGGUGAUACCCGUUGAGAAUCUCCUGUUCUCCGAACCCUGGGCCCGAGGCUGAGAAACUGCCUUGUCUUGACCCCUUUGAAGGAGGAGGAGGACAGGGAAUGGGCAGCCAUGGCUGAAGAUGCUGUACCAUUUUACAGAGUGUACUGUGAGGCGCAAUGAGGAAUCUGCCUAUGGGGAACUGAGGUUCGGGCGGAAUGGCUGCAUUAGUAGGUUAAGGCUGCAGGUCCCAGUCUCCAGAAUGGAAGGCACUGAAUUGAUUGGUGGAGUGCUUGCGAAGGUGCAAGGUUGGAAGCCAAGAGCCCAAGGACAGGGUGUGGCCAAUUUAGCUCUUCAGGGAGCAUUCCGGUCCCAUCAUAGACCCCUCUAUCUUAGCAUUGUAGCCCUGAACUCAGUCUGCCCAUCCACAAAGAGAAUAAUACUAAGGUCUGGACUCUUAAGAGCAACAGGAGGGAGUCUGGCUCUUCACCCCAUGACUGCCACCCGCGAAUCGGCCUUCGUGCAUGCCAUCGCCUCGGCUGGUGUAGCCUUCGCAGUCACGCGCUCCUGUGCCGAGGGAACCUCUACCAUCUGCGGCUGCGACUCGCAUCAUAAGGGGCCACCUGGAGAAGGCUGGAAAUGGGGCGGCUGCAGCGAGGACGCCGACUUCGGGGUGCUGGUGUCCCGGGAGUUUGCGGAUGCACGGGAGAACAGGCCAGAUGCCCGCUCAGCUAUGAACAAGCACAACAACGAGGCAGGCCGAACGACCAUCCUGGAUCACAUGCACCUGAAGUGCAAAUGCCAUGGGUUGUCUGGCAGCUGUGAGGUGAAGACCUGCUGGUGGGCCCAGCCUGACUUCCGAGCCAUUGGUGACUUCCUCAAGGACAAGUACGACAGUGCCUCAGAGAUGGUGGUGGAGAAGCAUCGGGAGUCCCGAGGCUGGGUGGAGACCCUUCGGGCCAAGUAUGCACUCUUUAAGCCACCCACGGAGAGGGACCUGGUCUACUACGAGAACUCCCCCAACUUUUGUGAGCCCAACCCAGAGACGGGCUCCUUUGGUACCAGGGACCGGACUUGCAAUGUCACCUCCCACGGCAUUGAUGGCUGCGAUCUGCUGUGCUGUGGCAGGGGCCACAACACCAGGACGGAGAAGCGGAAGGAGAAAUGUCAUUGCGUCUUCCACUGGUGCUGCUACGUCAGCUGCCAGGAGUGCAUUCGCAUCUACGAUGUACACACCUGCAAGUAGGGAAGCCAGGGCACAGGGAAGGGGUAGAUUGUACGGCUGGAUCCAUUCGUCGAAGUCCCAUGGGAAGCAGGAUCUAGAUCUGGGCCAGCCUUUGACACGGGCCAGCAAGGAGCAAGGACGAUUGCCAGCUGCAUGUGAUAAACAACCUGGACCCAGCUGGCCUCGGAUGGGCGGCUUCUUUCUCAACUAACGUCUCUCACCCUGCUCUGGAUGGUGUGUGGCUUCACAGAGGGGCUUUCUUUAUGGUUUCCCAGGGUCUGCUGGGGACAGACCUGAGGCUUACCUUUGCACAUGUUAAAGAAAAUAAAAAUGAAAAAAAAAAUCUACUGCAACAGAACAGGCUGGGCUAGUGUGAGCUCUUGGCCUGGUGGGAGAGACAAGAACAUGGCGAGAUUCUGUGUCCAAGCUGCCUCUUGCUCGUGACAUUCCAAGAUGCCUCUGAGGUAGGAAUUGUAAAAUAGGAUAAGACCCCUGCAGUCUCCUUUUGUCCGUUGACUUCCAUUCAAAUUGGGCACACUUUGCCACUCUCAGAAAAGCCAUAGGUAUAGCCGGGAUGCAGUGGUGGGGAGGCCCUUGGCCAACGGUCUUGAGUUUUGAAGACCUCAGAGAUCUGGGCAGCUUGGGAAGCCAUCUGCAGAACAGCUGAGUUCCUUGUAGCUCAUGUUUUCUCUAGCCCUGCUCUGCUGUAGUCAGAUCUCCACACCCCUUUCUGUUGUUCUGCAUUGCCCCCCUUUACUACGCAUUUUUCAUGAUGACCAUCUAAAUAGGUUAGAUGUCUAGGUUAGGCAAGGCUCUUCGGGCUCCAUCCACCAUAUGCAGAAAGAAUGGCUGUUCUGCCCUUCUCAGCCCUGCUAACCGACAGACACUAGGGAGAGCAGCUGGGCAAGUCUAUGUGGCCGGCAGGUGGGGAGGGUGAAGAGACCCUUUUUCCUUCGUGUUAGGAAGCAGGCCACCCUGCGUCCUUUUCUCCCAUUGGCUGAAGUAACCCAAAAGACAAGAGAUCCUCCCUGACUUGUGAAUGGGAUAGCCUAUCUCAGUUCCCAAGGAUCUGGACUAGAUCUUCAAAAGAGGCAAGCAGUGAAUGGACACAGCUCCCAGCUCCGUUCCUGAUGCAUGAUGGUCCUGGUUGGGGUCAGUAAGAUGGGCGGGGCAGCAUGGAUCGAUUCAUCAACUCUGUCUUGAGGAAAAUCAGAAGGAGGAGAUAAAAUGGGGGGAACAAGGCGGAACAAAGACUUUGUCCUUCCCCCGCUUCUGUCUGGGGUCUGUUAAUGCUGACUUGAUGUGGGGUCAGCCACUUAUGCUGCAGUUGUGCAGUUAGCUUGCCAAGCAGGCUCCAAUAGGCCCUUGCCUGCACUCUCUACCCUAUGACCAUGAGCACUGCUCUCCGUACACCUCCCAUCCCUUCCUAGCACCCCAAACGCCCCUUCCCAUCUCUCCUUCCGGAAGUUGGAAAUCAAGUCAACUGGAUAACGCUUGCUUGUUGUGAGGACUUGAGCAGAACGGAUACAACAAUUUACAAGUCUCUUCAUAUCUAUGUAUUCUAUAUUAAAGGUGAUAAAGUCAUGUUUCUGGGGCGUAUUCAAGUAGCUGACAAGUAAUUAUUUAAUAAUAGUACCUGAGCGCAUUGUAAUUUUCCUCGCUAUAGUCAGGAUAGUUGGGAGUUUCCUGCCAACCUGCUGUAUCCAAAGUUUUGUAAAAAGUUGUAGAAGUUGUUGAUCUUUUUGAUUUUAUAUUCAAAAAGUCUCUUUUUAUAAAUAUUAUUUAUUAUACAAUGUAUAUACCUUUGAGUUAACUAAGAUUAUAUAUUAUAUAAAUAUAUAUAUAUUUGGAGAAAAUCUAUUUCAUCAUGCAGUUUUUUUCUGUUAAAUCAUUAAAGAGAAGGUAAACUUCAGACGGA